CGUUCACUGAAUGGAUGCAAAGCGCGCAGCCACGCUCGGUUUCUCCACAUGAACCCAAACAUCUGCUGUGAUGAGGUGAAGGCGGUGAGCUGAGGGUUUCAGUCAGUGUCACCCAGCAGCUGAGAGACGGAGGCGGACACGUGUCUGAUGGAGCUGAGGAGCUCCUCUGAACACUGAUUUGUUUUUUGUUUUUUCCGAAUUGGGGAAUAAAUAUAUAUUUUUUUAGCUACUCACUGAUGAGACGCACUCAUCAGUGAGUUUGUGAGCGAACCAGUUUGGAAACUGAAGAGCAAAAUGGACAGCCUUCUAUUUCCUUUUUUGUUAAUAUUUAUUAAAGAUGCUCAUGCGUCCACGCACAGCAUUUCAAGCAACCUCCAACCUCACAUGCCCAACGUUUGCACAGACAGGAAGGUGACGCUGGUUGCCCAGAGGCAGCCGUGUGUGCAGGCCUUCACACGCAUGGCCAAAGUGUGGAAACAGGGCUGCGUGGGCCAGCCGUGGUGCGCGGGACACGAGAGGAGGUCGGCGUAUUACACGACGUACAGACAAGUGUACAAACGGGAUUAUCAGACUGAGUACAAGUGUUGCCCGGGAUGGACCCAGCUGAACAGAGAAGCAGGUUGUCUUUAUCCGACGUGCAGCUACGGCGUGUGCUUCAAUGGAGGUCGGUGUCGAGAGGGAUCGACCCUGCUUUGUGACUGUCCUGCAGGGUUCGCCGGGCCCAGAUGCCAGUACGAUGUGAACGAAUGUGAGGAAACCAAUGGUGGCUGUGAGGGUCUCUGCUGUAACAUCAUUGGGAGUUUUUACUGCAGAUGUCCUGCUGGACAGGAACUGAACGAGGACGGCAAAACAUGUCAAGAUAUUGAUGAAUGCCAGGYCCAUAAUGGAGGCUGCCAGCACAGAUGUAUUAACACCAGGGGCUCCUACUACUGUGAAUGCCUCCCCGGCUCUCGCCUUCACGUGGACGGACGCACCUGCCUUUCUGUCCAUACAUGUGCCAUCAGAAAUGGGGGAUGUGAACACUAUUGCGUGCAGCAGUCUGCUUCUCAUUUUCGAUGCCGCUGCAAGCCAAAUUACGUGCUGGCAGAGGAUGGCAAGCACUGUAUAUUGCAGAACUUGUGCGCGGACCAGAAUGGAGGCUGCAUGCAUCAGUGCCGGGUCGUCGGGGGGAAAGCUCAGUGUGGCUGUAAGGUUGGCUUUAAGCUGGCUGAAGAUGGGAAAACCUGUGAAGAUAUCGACGAGUGCGAGGCGAACGAGGCCAACUGUGCUCACAGCUGCCACAACACUCUGGGCUCCUACGCUUGUGUCUGCAACGCUGCCUAUGAGCUGGGAUCUGAUGGAAAACAGUGUUACAGAAUUGAGAUGGAGAUCGUGAACAGCUGUGAGACCAACAAUGGCGGAUGCUCGCAUGACUGCCAUCAUUCGACCGGCGGGCCCGUUUGCAGCUGUAACCCUGGCUACCAGCUAGACGACGACCUCAAAACCUGUGUUGAUGUUGACGAGUGUGGAGAACAGAGCUCCUGUUGUGAGCAGGACUGCACCAACUACCCCGGAGGUUAUGAAUGCUACUGCUCAGCAGGAUACAGACUCAGCUCAGAUGGAUGCAGCUGUGACGAUGCAGAUGAAUGUCUGGCUUCUAACGGCGGCUGUGAACACACCUGUCAGAAUACUGCCGGCUCCUUCCAGUGUUUCUGUCAUCAGGGUUUCCGACUGGACGAAGACCGACGCUCCUGCAUCCCUCUUGAAAGUGCUGUCGAGACCUCCUCCAGUGGAGGAACCAUCAAGCUGCCUCUUAUUCGCCCCCAGCUCACCUUGCUGCAGGAUAACGUCCAGCCUCUGGAGCGUUACGAUGACUACGAAGACGACCAAGGGGAGCUGAGGGCUGAAAGCAGGCUGGCAGAGAAGUUUGUGUGUUUAAAUGACACUUUUGGCAGCGACUGCAGUCUGACCUGUGAUGAUUGCACUAAUGGCGGAUUGUGCAACGUCAGGAGAAGCGGCUGUGAUUGCCCUGAAGGAUGGACGGGAAUCAUCUGCAACCAGACAUGCCUCGAUGGGUAUUUUGGUAAAAACUGCUCCUUCGCCUGUAAGUGUAAAAAUGGUGCCAGCUGUGAUCCGGUUAGUGGAAGCUGCCGCUGCCCUCCUGGUGUGAGUGGAGAUUUGUGUCAAGACGGCUGUCCUAAAGGCUUCUAUGGGAAGCAAUGCAACAAAAAGUGUAAUUGUGCCAAUAAUGGCCRCUGCCACCGGACGUACGGAGCCUGCCUGUGUGAUCCUGGACUUUAUGGCCGCUUCUGUCACCUCCCCUGUCCUAAGUGGACUUUUGGAGCCGGGUGCUCUCAGGAGUGCCAGUGUGACCAGAAAAACACUAAAGAAUGUCACCGUCGCCACGGGACCUGCAUCUGUAAACCUGGUUAUCAGGGCGACACCUGUAAGGAAGGAGUGUCCUGUGACCACGUGACUGGAGAGUGCCAACAGAAAUGUCCUCCUGGUUAUCAUGGCGAGAAAUGUAAACGAGAGUGUCCAGAGGGAAUGUUUGGGCCAGGCUGCGUCCAUCCUUGUAACUGCACCRGAGCCUCGUGUGACAGAGUGAUGGGACAAUGCCGGUGUCCAGCGGGGACAUUUGGACAGCAAUGUGAGAACUUGUGUCCGGAGGGUUUCUGGGGUUCCGGCUGCAAACAUAACUGUCCGGUUUGUGAGAAUGGUGGCGAGUGUGAUAAACACAACGGGUCGUGCCUCUGCCCGCCAGGAUUCGUGGGAAGACUCUGUCAAAGCUCAUGCCCGAGUGGACGUUUUGGUCAAAGAUGCCAGAUGAAAUGUGUGUGUGAGAACGAUGCUCGCUGCGACCCGGUGAGUGGGAGGUGUAGCUGCACUCCUGGCUGGACUGGACACGACUGCAGGAAAGCCUGUGAUGCAGGACUCUGGGGAGCUGACUGUGCAGAAACCUGCGACUGCRGGAAUGGAGACGGCGGCUGCGACGCUGCGACGGGCCAGUGCCACUGUGAGGCUGGAUUUACUGGAACACGCUGCCAUCAGA